AUGGCGUCGUCAGUAAGAGAAUUAAAUUCGAAGUCGUCACUUCGGAAUGAGUUCAUAUGGGAAUGUCAAAGGAAUAUUGAUCCAUGGGAUGCAACGCAAACUGUCGAAUGGACACCUUAUUCUAAUGCUAUAUCGUCAGAUAUCGAAGAAGCUUAUAAAUGUGGUUUCAAACAGAUAUUUGUUGACGGACAUUGUCGUAUUGAUUUGAAACACUACGUAGAAGAGCAUAUCAACAAUCCACAUCGACAACGACCCGUUCGACGACGACGAUGUCGUCUUCCUGCAACUAUUGUUAUCGAAGGAGAAACGGAAGAUGAAUCAUCACGUCGUGAACGAUUUUCAUCUCCUUUGGGAUUAGUUUUGAGCCGCAGUGCAACAGAAGAUACAACUUAUUAUGGUUCGCCAUUUAUUCACGUUUGCGAUCGUCUUCGACGAGUUCUUCGCCCAAACGAAAUUCAAUCGAUGACUCUCUACCGCGGCGAUCGUAAUUCUGGCAGCACUGUAGAAGAAUAUCGACGGGCAGCUGGAGACUGUUCCAAACAUUUUAAAUGGCUUCCAUUUGUUUCCACUUCGUACGAGCGAGCUGUGGCUGAAGAAUUCGCAGUUGAUAUUUUGUAUAUAAUUGAAAUGCGAUCUUAUUCGUCGAACGAAGAUCAAUUUACAGAUAUGGCAACCAUCGGUCAUUACGCUAACGAAAAAGAAAUUUUAUUACUACCAGGAGUGCAAUUUCAAGUAAUCAAAUUAGAAUUUGAUAAUGAAAAGGGACUACAUUUGGUCUAUAUUAAAAUUGAUUCAUCGUACGUAUCCAGAUUGAAAUGA